AUGAGCUUGGAAGUUAAGAAUGCACAUAGAUAAGCAUUUAAAGAAAUCUUUUCGAUGAAGGCAGUUGAAGGAAAACUAGACAAAAAGGGACUGGCUGAUCUUUUUAUUAUGAUUGAUUACAAGAUUCCAUAAGAAUAAUUUGAUGAGAUGGUUUAAAGAAUAUUCGGGAAGAAAGAAUAGAUUGGAUUUGAAGAGUUUUUAAAAAUCUUUAAUUUAAAACUGACAGAUUACACUUUUAAUGAUGUGAGAAAUGCCUUCAAAUUAUUAGCAAAAGAUGAUGAUAGGUACAUUCCCUUAGAGAAGAUUAAGAAGGUGUUGCUAAAGAAUAAUGUACCUGCUGAGGAAGUUGAAUUUUUAUGUCAUCAAUUGGAUCCAUUCACUGAUACGAUGAAGAGAGUCAAUUAUGCUGAGUUCUUGAAGAGCUUGAGCAAUGUUUGA